AAGGUAGGAAGGAAAAAGGAUAAGACUUUAGAGUUUAGACGCAAAGAGAUCACUGAAAACUUAAGUAAAAAUGGGAGCUUUGAGUUCCAUGGCCAUCUCUUGUCUACAUUCACUUUCUCACAAAGAAAGCUGUUUCCUUUCAUAUAAAACCUCCCAAAUUUCAAAACCCCUGUUCAUAAACUCAUCUCUGAACAAACCCAGAUUCUCAAUUUCGUUUUGCCUCAAGCAAAGUGAUCGUAAUGAGAGGCAAAUUCAACAAGAAUCUGUCAUAGAGGAAGACAAUGAAGAAGAAGAAGAAGAUUAUUGGGUUGUGACAGCCGUGAGAAGCAGAUACAAUGAGAUUGUUAUAGUGGAUACUGCUGCUUCCAGAUAUCUUCUCCUUGAUUCAACUAAGAAUGUGCAUAGUGUUAUCAAUAAGGGAGGCCAGAAUUGGACUGGAUCCUACUGGGAUGAGUUUGCGAGUUUGCCGCCUAUUAUCCCUAAUGGUCCCAUUGCAAUCUAUGGCUUGGGUGGUGGAACAGCUGCAAGAUUGAUUCUUGAGUUGUGGCCUUCUACGCAGCUUGAAGGUUAUGAGAUUGACGGAAUUUUAAUUGAGAAAGCAAGAUACUAUCUUGGGUUAUCUGAGCUAGAGAAACCAACAUCAAAAGGCGGUAGCCUUCGUGUUCAUGUAGACGAUGCUCUCUUUCCUUCUCAAGAUGUUUCAGGAAGAUAUGCUGGGAUCAUUGUUGACUUGUUCGCUGAUGGGAAAGUCUUAGACCAACUGCAAGAGGUCCCUAUUUGGCUGGAUCUAGCUAGCAGGCUGAUGCCUAACGGUCGCAUUAUGGUGAAUUGUGCCGGAAUCGAAGAAGAGAAAGUUGCAGCAAAUGGAAAACCUCAGUUAGUGUUUGGUGAUUCGGUUUGGAUGUUGAAUUCUACCAUCAAGAUCUUGUCAGAAGCAUUUCCUGGACAAGUAAGCUGGAAGAGAACUCCAGAUUCAGAAGGUCUCAACUUUGUUGCCUUGACCGGAGGCUUGCCUGAUCUUAGUGACUGGUCUAGCAAAGUUCCUGUCCGUUUAAGCGAAACUGUGAAGCUAUGGAAACUCUGCGAGAACCCGUAAGACAUAUCAAGAAAGAAACCUAUCAUAAUUUGUUCAUAAUAUAUAACAUUAAAAAGCAUAUGGGAAAGAUUUUGAUGGAAAUUUGGCCAAAAAGCUAACUUAUUUGUGUUCUUAGCCAUUUCGUCGAUUACGUGUGGCCUUUUAGACCAACAAUAAGGUCUCAAAUCGUGUCGUUGUAUUAAGCAUUUGUUCAGGAACCAAAUUA